AUGAAACAGCCGCCAGGGUAUGAAGACCCAAAUCACCCUGAUCAUGUGUGUCAUCUACAACGGUCUUUAUAUGGACUCAAGCAAGCCCCUCGGGCGUGGUUCAAAAGACUGCAUGAUUAUUUGCUCUCUACAGGUUUUUCGUCCUCAAAGACAGACGUGUCUCUCUUUCAUUACUCAACCGAUACCUCUCGAGUAUACUUACUCGUAUACGUCAACGACAUUAUUAUGAUGGGCAAUGAUCCCACGCUCAUUACCUCUCUACUUAAGCGUUUGUUCACAACUUUCAAGAUACGAGACCUUAGCGCGCCCGGGUUCUUCCUCGGCAUUGAAACUAUAAAGAUCGACGAUGGCCUCAUGUUGUCUCAACGCAGGUAUAUGAAUGACAUUUUAACUCGGGCGGGUAUGACGGACUGCAAGCCUUUAGCUAUGCCGGCUGCAGUGACUCAGCCAGUAUCAACUACUACCACCCCGCAUGACAACCCGACACAAUAUCGUCGUGUCGUUGGGGCUCUGCAGUAUUUAACUAUCACGAGGCCGGAUCUCUCAUAUUCUGUGAAUCGCCUAUGUCAGUUCAUGCACUCUCCGACUACUGAUCAUUGGGCCUUGGUCAAAAGGGUGCUACGAUACAUUAAGGGUAUUCUAGAUUACGGUCUCCACAUCACAGUCUCAUACUCCGCUGUUAUUCAUGCCUUUUCUGACUCUGACUGGGCAGGGUGUCCGCUUGAUAGGAAGAGCACUGGUGGCUAUGCAGUGUUCUUAGGGAAAAAUCUGAUCUCAUGGCUUUCCAGGAAACAGCGUACAGUUGCUCGGUCGUCUACUGAAGCCGAGUACAAAGCUCUCGCAGAUGUGGCUGCAGAGGUAACGUGGGUUGUCUCGUUGCUCAGGGAACUUGGACUUCACACCGGUGACCCACCCACUCUAUGGUGUGACAAUUUAGGUCCAACUUACUUGUGUGUGAAUCCAGUCUUUCACACCGGAACUAAACAUGUGGAAAUUGAUUUCCACUUCAUUCGGGACAAGGUGGCUUCUGGGGACAUGCUGGUUCAUUUUGUGUUGACUAAAGACCAGCUCGCAGAUAUUUUCACCAAACCGCUGCCAGGGCCGCGUUUUUAA